UAAAGUACAUAAAUGCUAUUCCCUCUCCUCGCUUCAUCGCGUGAGGUUCUCGACUCACGCCUCCCGAUUCUCCGCAAUCGUAUGGACCCAACAACUCCAGAGGCUCACACUCCCAGCGUCUACUUUGCUUAGUCUCGCACCUUCAAUCUCUCACGCAUUUCCUUGGAGAGACCAAGACCUUCCUCUCUGUUCCAUUAAAUAUUCCACAGCUAUGCCCACCAACGAAGGUUUCCAAGCAGGUGUUUCAAAUUGCUAUGUAUUCAAGAGCCGUCUGCAGGAGUAUGCUCAAAAAGUUGGACUUCCUACACCUGUGUACGAAACUAUCAAAGAAGGCCCUUCCCAUGAACCUUCUUUCAGAUCAACUGUGAUUGUCAAUGAUGUUAAAUAUGAUUCUUUGCCUGGGUUUUUCAAUCGUAAGGCAGCCGAGCAGUCAGCUGCCGAAGUUGCUCUGUUGGAGUUAGCUAAAUCUUGUGAAGUUAAUCAAAGCAUCUCUCAGCCUGUUCAUGAAACAGGACUAUGCAAAAAUCUACUUCAGGAAUAUGCUCAAAAGAUGAAUUACGCAAUUCCAUUAUACCAGUGUCAAAAGGAUGAAACCCCAGGCCGAGUACCACUUUUUUUGUGUACUAUUGAGAUAGGGGGGAUUCGUUACAUUGGAGCUGCAGCAAAAACAAAGAAAGAAGCAGAGAUUAAAGCUGCUAGAACUGCUCUUUUAGCCAUUCAGUCAAGUACGACUCAGUCAUCCGAGAAACCCUUUCUCAACUCACAGUUAACAGUAAUCCCAAGCAAGAAAAGGGGGACCAAAUCCGUCAAUGAUAUCGAGGAGGCUGCGAAUCCUCCAAAGGCUAAGAAAGCUCGAUUCAAAAAGAAAAUGUUGAAAAAGAAACUUUCUGGAGACAAGCUAGGCAACAGUCAAGGUGAGAAUGCAGGCACUAUGGAAUCCCUUUUGGAGAAUAAUGGACCAGAAUCAGAUCAAAUUGAUGCAGCUGCGGUCCAAGAAGCAGGCAUGGGAAUGUCGUCCAUCGAAGCUAUUGGGAAUCCCCAAAAUGUUAGAUCAUAUGUGAGCUCAAGCGAGAAAGAAAUAUCUGCUGGGGAAGGUGCCUUGGCUCAACAAGUGAAUGGAAAUUAUGAAAAUGGGAAGUCAUCAGCUUCAAAUUCUACUCUAAACAACGACAUGGGGCAUUCUCCAUAUUUUCUGGAGAUCUGACUGUACUGACGAAGGAGAUGAAUGAGGUAUCUGAAUUUGAAGAUAUAGUUUCGGUUGCAGACAGUGCUACCAUGGGUCACGUAGGGCUUCAAGUAUCCAGCCAGCUUAAAUCAGUAAGAAAAGAGGAUCCAAGUGGGUGCAAAUCAUGUUGGAGAGAUCAAGGGUGAGGUUCAAUUGUUUGGAAAUCAUUUUGCAGUUAGGAGAAAUAGUAAAUUGAGGUUUUUAAUAGAUUUUUAGACAUUUCAAGGAUUCUAUGAUCAGUUUAUACUUCAGUCAAAGACUUUACAAUCUUAUGGUCUCCAUCAGCUUCAUUUGCAUGUAUUGGUGGAUUUGGAGCAUAGACCGCAACAAAGAACCUACUGUUAUGGUUUCAGCUUAUUGUGUUGUCAUGAGAAUGAGAAUGGUACUACUUUUUUUAAGGAUCUUUUUAACAGUUUAUGUUGCGAAAAUAUUCAAGAUUUGC